AUGGAUGUCAAGAAGUUCGGCCUCUACUCUAUCAAACCAACGCAGCACAGCCACUGCAAACGUCAGAAAUGUGUAAAGGAUGGGGAUCAAGUGCUUGGAGUAAAAAUCAAUUCAUCUCCUGUGCCCUUUUUGUCAAAGGACUCUUCAAUCUCAAGCGAUGAUUUUAAAUGGUGGAAGAGAAUGCAGAAUGAAAAAUGCAACAGGACUUACUUUAACAUGAUAGUGGACAAGUUGUUUGAGAUCAUCCCGCCGAUUCCACCGUAUGAAAAGGCCAGUCCGGAAUGCUGCAGGACUUGUGCUGUGGUGGGGAAUUCUGGUAAUAUGAAGGAGUCACACUUUGGAGAGCUUAUAGACGCUCAUGAUUUUGUAAUAAGAAUAAACAAAGGCCCUACUAAAGGCUAUGAGGAAGAUGUUGGGACCAAGACAACUCAUCAUGUUGCAUUUCCAGAGAGUGCUGUUAACCUGUCCAGCACCACCCAUCUUGUGUUGGUUACAUUCAAGAUUAGGGAUUUGGAGUGGGUCCUUACAAACUUCAAACCAGAGUAA